AUGGGUCAAUGCGUUUUAGGCCAUGGCCGAAAUAGGCAAUCAAGUCACCAGCCUAUAACUGUAGAUAUUUUGGAAAAUAAAGCAACAAAAGCAGACAUUUUAAAGUUGGUAAAGCCAUUAUUUUGGCCUGAAAAAACAGAUCUCACAUCACGUCCACAUAUAUUUCUAAGAUUCUUAAUAGUACUAUCACUUUUCUCACUGUUUAUCGGCAAAAGCUUGUCAAUUUUGGCACCAAUGUACGUUGGAUGGACAUUGGACCAGUUGGUGCUCAGGAAUACAAGGGAAACCAUUACAAACAUGUUUUUGUACUUUCUUUUGUUAUUUUCUUCAAUUUGCUUCGAUGAGCUGAGGAAUUUCACAUACCGAUAUGUCCAAUUUAUAUGUAUAAACGAUUUAUCACUAAAGCUGUACGAACAUGUACAUUCCCUAAAUUAUCACUGGUUUACAACGUCCAGAGCAGGACAGAUCGUGAGGUCCAUAUACAGAGGGUGCGAGAGCAUGAGAGAGUUGUCACAAUUCGGAAUAAUCACACUAGUUCCUACCAUACUCGAGUCGAUAGUAAUCAUUAUAGUUUUCUUCACCGUAUACAAGAAUAUCUUCCUAGGCAUGAUACUGUUUUUUGGACUUACAAUCUAUUUCACAUUAACGAUUUUGGUUACCAACUGGCGUAUGAAGACGAGAGAAGCACAAAACGACAAGGACAAUGACAUGCAUUCAAUUGCCAAUGAUUCAGUCAAUAAUUUCGAAUCAGUGAAACUGUUCACAAACGAAAAGUUCGAGCUCACCAAAUAUGCAAAGGCAGUUGGAAUGUACGAACUUUUCAACUAUAAAGUCCUCAACUCCCUAUCACUCAUCAAUGUAGGGCAGGAUUUAGUAGUCCAAACGACCACUUUCUUGUGUUUACUCAUGGGAAUUCUCCAGAUUUUAAAGGAUAAAACCAAAAUUGGCACAUUCACCGUUAUACUAACAUAUCUCUUUCGUAUAUUUAAACCCUUGUAUAUACUGGGAACCGUAUAUAGUACCAUAAUAAAGGGUAUUGUAGGCAUUCAAGACGCAGCAAAUCUCUUGAAAAUCGAGAGUACUGUCCAAGAUUCUCCAGACUGUGUUGAGUUGGAUCUCAACACCGAACACGAUCCAAUAAUCGAGUUUCGUAACGUUACCUUCUCCUAUGUUACGGACAACUGUCCAAUGGAUAACCUGAUACUGAAAAAAGUUAGCUUUUCACUUUGUAAAAAUCGGUCCCUGGCCAUUGUUGGACCAACAGGAACUGGAAAGACUACCAUCUUCAGGUUAUUAUGCAGGCUUUAUGAUCCUUUAAUGGGUGAGGUGAUGGUAAAUGGAAGGUCUGUUAAAGAAUAUUCUCAACGUAGUUUGCGAUCUAAACUUGGAGUGGUUUCUCAGGACACGAUUUUGUUCCACGAUUCCAUAAGAAAUAAUGUAAGGUACGCUAAACCAGAUGCUACAGAUGAUGAAAUUUUUGACGCCUUGAAAAAGGCCGAAUUCUACGAUAGAGUAAUGCAAUUCCCAGACAAACUAGAUACUCUAGUGGGAGAUAGAGGAAUCAAGUUAUCAGGUGGAGAAAAGCAAAGAGUUUCAAUCGCAAGAUGUUUCUUGAAAAAUCCACCAAUCAUUAUCCUCGAUGAAGCCACAAGUUCACUGGAUUCGAAAACUGAAUCACAAAUACAAAACACAAUCAAUUCUCUGGUUAACAAGAAGACCACAAUCACCAUCGCACAUAGAUUAUCAACCAUUAUUAAUGCUGAUACAAUUCUAGUGCUUUACAAAGGCGAGAUCAUAGAGCAAGGAAGGCACCAAGAACUGUUGAAGUUGAAUGGGUUCUACAAAUCUUUGUGGGAUGUACAACGCAAGAAGCAGUCUGAAAUUUUUGACCAAGAUAACAAAUCUGCUGGUAAUUCUCAGGAAAAGGAUGAAAUUGUUUUAUUAAAAGCUGAAGAAUCCGUAGAAGGUCAAAAAUCAGAUGAAAAUACUAAAGAAACGAGUAAAUCGGUGUAUGAAGGCAAUUCCGAGAAGGAAAAUUUUAAAUUGGACCCGAGUUUUAUAGAUAAAAGAGAUUCAUUUAACAGGUAUUUUAACAAAAGACACUUAGAAAUUGUUAAACUCUUGGUAAAAUACGGAGCGAAUGUGUAUAGCCCUGCCAAAAAUGGAAUGACAUGUUUACAUUUCGCAGCUCAAAAGGGCCAUUUGGAAGUACUCAAAUUUGUAAGAUUUUAA